GCAAAUGACUAGCGAAAUAGUUGCGAAUGAAUUGCGAGGGAGUUACGACCUACAGAGAUCAUUAACCAGUGAUUUCUACAUAUCUAGUAUUAGUAAUAUUGCAAUAUACUAUAUUACAAAAUACAGUUUGCAACGUUAAAUACUAUAAUGUUAACUACUAUAUGUUAAAUACUUCUUUCAGAGCUAUACUUUCUUUGCUCAUUUCCUUUUCUAUGUAUUAUCUUCGCUGUACCUUGAAAUAUUUUUGCAAGGAAUAUACGAUUCGAUACCUGCCGAUAGUAUUCCGUUUUAUCAAUGUUUCCCCUAAUUUACGAUAUAUUCGUCUCGUUCCCCUGGUUGCGUUAACUUUGGACAAGGACUACGUUACGCGACCGAUAUAAAAGGAAUCCCACUAUCCGCUGUAGGAAGAUCUUUAUUUGUCUUCUCUAUACGCGUAUACCGUUCCCGCGAGGCUUGUGGGAGACGUUUAGAGUAGCGUUUUAAUAUUUAAAUCGGAAUCGCUUUGCAUUCUCGUGUGUGCACGCUUUCCUGGUAUAUCGGUACACGAUGAGGCCAAUGUCCGGCCACUGUGCUCGAGGCUCUCAUGACCGUUCGGCGACAAAGAAUACCGGUUUCUCGGUGUACUGACCACUAUAUCAAGGAAUACGAUUAUUUCUACGAUUACGCCGACUUUACGUUGAAACCGAUCGUCAAGCCCACCACCAGUACUACAACUACCACCGAAACAGUUCCAUCGGAACAAAUCAAUGUCUCUGAAACACCCGAUUCUUCCUCUCAAAAUUCGACAUUUUCUUCGAUCAGCGAGACAAAUACAAAUUCUACCGCGGAAAACGCGGAAAUUCUUCUACCAGUGGACGCUGAAAAAACAAACGAAACCUUAGCUAGUUCAUCGACUGGAAGUUUAGAAAAUUCAACUAGUGACGGCGAUAUACUAAGGAUGAUGUUAAGUGACAAAAUUAAGAACCUGUUUGAGGAUAAGAAGGAAGAUCCAACGAGGCAUGAUAACUGGGGAUCAUCCACGGAGAAUCCGUCCAAAAGACUGUCUAGAAAACGGUGCAAAUUAGGAUAUUCACCGGAUGGCAGGGGUCGUUGUCGUCGUUUGAGUCAACGAAAAUUAUCGUUAAUUCCAUUGACGAUGAGAUUACCAUCGAAACUUUUUGACGAUCUAAGGCGCAACACAAGGAAUUUGGCGCAGGAGGAAGACGAUCGAAUGCAUUUAAACUGAACCGUGCCAUGAAUAUUCGAUGAAUCCUGUGCGAUCGUGCGAAGUUGCCUCAUGUUCCUCAUGUGACUUAAGUCGAAUUUAUAUUGUUUCAUAUUGGAAGAACACGGUAGAUGAACGCUUGCUUUCAUCCGCGGAUGAAACGAGGACGAAAGCAACGUUGCAACAAGUGUAAAAUGAAACACGCAAAGUGAAAGAGUGUAAAUUCGGCUUUAUGUUAAGUUACGUAUGCCCCGUCUUACAUUUCUAUUCGGCCAUAAUUCCCCAAGUCGCUGUAUAUAAUAAUAUAUAUAAGAAACGAUUAUACUUGACAGGGUUAUAAAAUUGUUGUAAUAAAUUUAUGUAUCCAUA